UUUGAUGCAGUUUCACAAACAACCAAAACCCAGGUAAAUCGAAGCCAGACCGAAGCUCGUUCUUUUUUCUCCUCGAGAUUCACGUAAAAUGGGCGAUUACCCCGGUAGCGGAUACAAAAUGUCUUCUUACGGUCUUAAACUUUACAAUCCUCAAGAAACGGAUGGCCAGUGGACAGAAUGCUGUAAGCGCGAAGAUGCGAUCAGAAAGAACCAUGUCGUCACUACAGGUGAAGAAGGUGUAGCAGAUUCGUGGAAAGUGGAGAGACCAAAAUCUUUAGAUCUUACACAAGACACCAGCUAUUUCCUUGCCAAGACAGUGCAUCAAAGACCUUCUACCUACGAUCGAAUAAAUCAUGUUGUUGAGGGAUACGAUCAAAAACUCCACCGUGACGACAGAGAACACGCCAAAUCACGAGGACUUAGAGUCAAUAAAGAGGAGAUCAGAGUGCCAGUUCCCGCGCGGUCUUCUUCUAUGUACGGUCAUCCGCUCCUGAAACCUAUAGAGUUCACAGACCGGAAACACGUCAGAGUGGAGAUAUGUAAAAAAGAUUUCCUUCGGUUAGGAGGAACCAACAUCGGAGAUGCUGAUUGAUAUGUCCUCCUUACAUCAAAGAACGUCUUCCAUUCACUCAACAGUCCAGGAAAUAGUAAUCUACGACGUACCUUGGUUCUUGCAUUAUGUUUGGAGCCGCGAAGUACAGGCCGCCGAUUCGAAGAUUGCGCGUAAAGUGGCGCGACAAAUACGGGUCUGGGAACGGACCUGUAGUGAAAUUCAUUAAAAACGAAAAUAUGGCUCGAUAAUAUAAAUAUAAUCGCUACAACGUUGGUGAUUCUUAAAAGUAGCUUGUGGUGACGAGUUGUACGUGUUGUAUUAUGUAGCCCAGUAAUAUAAUGCUGACGUCCGAUCUCAACCUUAGUAACACUGUAGACCUUAGCAAUUCAGCCUAUGCUGCUAUUAAGGUAUCGAAUCAUUCACUUUCUCACUUUCACUUUCUAAUAUUGAGUCAUUUAUUGAGUUAUUUAGGUGUAGUUGCGAUAUUUUUAUAUGGAAUUUCUUCUGCUUAAAUAUUUGUUGUAUGUACCCCAAGUUGCUCGAAAAUGCAUCGAAUAAAUGUGGCACGAAUGUCA